AAAUGUUAAUGCAUAACUGAUAUUCAGGAUUCCUCUCUCAAAACCAAAGCCAAAAUAAAGCACAGGCUAUAGCAAGCUAUAACAGUUUUCCUGUAUAAUAUAGUUGGAUUGCUUGCUAUCACUAGCUGUAUAUCUGGCAAUGGAAGAACUACAUGCAGCAGCUUGGGCAUACUAUAACCGUGGCAAUUACGAUACUCGUUGUAAAGCAUAUGAUUUCUUUCGAUCCAUGGAUACAGAUGGUGAUUACAGAAUCAGCUACGCCGAGUUCAACGACUUCGUCCAACAAAGUGGAUACAACUGGAUCCUCCAUAAUGACCCGAACUUGUUCGCUAGACUUGACCGCAAUCGCGACGGUCGCCUAGAUUUUUGGGAAGUACUUACGUUCUACUAUAUCAUCAAAACAAGGUUAAUCACCUGCCAAAGUUGCCGAGCACACCUUUGUGGCUUGUAUUUUACGUGCGUUGAUUGCUUUGAUGAAGGUUGUCCAACGUAUGACCUGUGUACUGCUUGCUAUGGUAAUGCCAACUACUUUCACCAGCACAACUACUUCUUGGAUAACCACGUUUUGCUACGCUCCCAAAGCGGCACUCCUCAUGAUCCGCCAAAUCUUACCAUGGCAGUCGCUCCACAGAAUCCACCUCAGCCUGAAAUUCAAAGGAAUAGAUGGUACGAAGCAUUUGUGGCAUUAGAGAUCGCUCUUUCUAUUUCAGCUUUGGCUACCAACUGCACAAUUAUGUGAUGUUACAAAAAAGGCCUUUCAGAGUUGUCCUAUUUUCUUUCCAUGUUAGUACAAUAAGGAGUUUACUUGGGAUACAAGUAGCCAACUAGCCAGGAAAGAGCUUUUAAUUAUUCUACUCUAUCGUGAACCAACCUGUAGUCUCCUUGGACUCUGUCUUGGUCUUUCUGUCUUUGCCCUUUUCUUCUCCCCCGCUGUAAUAUUAUUAUCACUAGUGAGUUAAUCAUUAUUUAAGAUUAUUUCUAUGCGAUUAUCGCUUGUACUAAAAAAAUAA